AUGCAGAGGUCCUUUCCAGGUUUCCAUAAAGGAAAACAACGUUUUGUCCCUGGGCCACUUAAGUCAAUUAAACGCCAGAGCUUGCAGGUGUACCUGCUUUCAUCAGCUGCUAAAGUUUCACCAACCACAGACGAUGACUUGAUGUACUCUCAGGCUGGACUUGGGAUGAAAAUUAUUAGUUUCCCAGAAGAUGCAUCGCAUGAACAGAUUUCUCAAGAGUUGGGCAUUGAGUUCCCCAAGCUUCCAAGCUUAAAAGGAGCGUGGCUGUUCUACAAGGCUUCAGGAGGAGGAGCUGCUCUAACUACAUCCAAGGAUUUAUUGCCUACCCCUACAACCACAUAUCAAGCUACAGCUGAAAAAGUACCAUGCCCGGUAUGUAAUGAGAUUUUUGAUUUGGAUACUGUGGAGUCCCAUGCUAGUUUCUGUGUUGAGAGAGUUUUUGGUGAGCGCACCGAUGAGGUUCAAGAAGUUUGGGAGAUGGGCCUCUCCACUUUCAUGUACACUUUCAGGUGA